UAUUUUAUUCAAGAUGAAUCUGUAUCGUUGUUUCUUAGUCAUUUUUUUAACAUUUACUUCUUGCACAUUGUUAGAGGUUAACUGUAAAAGUGACAGUUAUAAAAGAAAGGAUGUGGUAGUAGUUGGUGGUGGAAUAGCAGGAAUGGCUGCAGCUCGUCGACUUCUAAAAGAAGGCAAUCUAGCAGUUAAAGUUCUUGAGGCACAAAAAACCCGGUAUGGUGGAAGAAUUUGGACUUAUAGAGAAGGUGCAAGAGGUGUCAGGGGUGUUGAUGUUGAUAUCGGGGCAAGUUUUCUAAACACAAAGGCAAAAAAUAACAGCCUAAUCAAGAUGGCUGAAGAAUUUGAACUGGAUACAGCAAGUUCUGGAAAUCUUCAGAUUCAUUUUGUUGAAAAGAAUGGUGAAAAGAAAGUUUAUUUUGGAGAUAAUGCAACAGAUUUGUACACUGAAGUGUUUAAACUUGUAAUAAAAGCACUGGACUCUGUGAAGAAAGAAGGUGUAGAUAGACCAGUCAUUGAUGUUAUGCUAGAAGCGCUGGAUUUUACUUAUGAAACAGAUGAACAGAAAUAUGACAAGAACAUUGUUAAGGCUGUCAUAACAUCAUUACCUGUUGCUGUAUUACACAAUUUUUCUUCAUUAUUGUAUAGGAUUGAAAAUGAUUUUGGCUGGGAUAAAAUUGUUCUUGAUGGAAUGGGUGCUUUACUAGACAGGAUAGUUGCUGGUUCUGGGACUGAAUUGCCUGUAAAGAUUGAAUUAAAUAAAGUUGUAAGGAAUAUAAAAAUUGAUAGUGACAGAAAAAAAGUUUUAAUCAGAACAGUGGAUAGGAAACAAAUAGUUGCAGAUGCAGUCAUUGUUGCUUUACCAAUUGGAGUGUUACAAAAUAAAAAUGUCAUAUUUGAGCCUGAUCUUCCAGCUAAGAAGAAGAAAGCUUUGCAAGAUAUUGGAUUAGGAUAUAAUACUAAAGUAGUGGUUGGAUUUGAUAAAGCAUUCUGGCCUAAAGAUGUUGGCACAUUUAAUGUUUUCUCAGAACUGGCAUCAUACGGUUUUCUUCAAACUUGGACCAAUGCUUAUAGACUUAGUGGAAAUCCAUUUCUGAUUGGAAAUAUAUUUAGUUCAGAAGCAAAAUUAUGGGAAUCCAAACCAAAAAAACUGAAAGAAUUAGUGAUAGAAGUCCUCAGUGAGCUAUUUGGUGCAGAGUUAGUUAAAGCUCAUGAAAUUAAAACAUUCAUACAUUCCAACUGGUCAACAGAUGAGUUUAUUUUAGGAUCAGUUUCCUAUCCAAAAACUGGCAACACGCCAGAAAUGUGGACAGCAUUACAAGAACCUAUCUGUCCCUAUAUUUACUUUGCUGGUGCGUAUACAGAAACUGUGUCACAUGUUGACUCACUACAUGGUGCAUAUAACUCUGGUGUUAGAGCAGCUGAACAGUACAUUAACAGAGUGUGUAAAAAGUCUAAAGAAUCUAAGAAAAAGCAAAAGAAACAGCCAAAAGAAGAUGCAAAGAAAGUUAAAAAGAUGAAAAGUUCUAAAGGCCAGAAAACAAAGGAAGAGCUGUAAAAAGUCGUUUCAUGUCAUUCCAACAUCAAAUAUUAACAUCAUCCAGUUAUUCUUUUGUUCAACAUAUUUAUUUUUUUGUCAAAACCUGUCAUGUAUAAUUACCUAAUUAUGCUUAUUUUAAAUAAUCAACAGAAUUUCCUUUCUUUUCUUUGAAUCAACAAUCUACUUAAAUGUUAACAGGAACACACUUUUAAUAAUAAAAAAAAAUUGGGAUUUCAAGAAAAAUGAAAGAAUCUCAUAAAUUUAAGUCAAUCUCACAAAUGUAAAUGUACCUUGUAGAAUUUUCACAUAUCUUUGAAAGUUAUACCUUGUUUAAAGACAAAAAUAUCCUAACAGUUAGGAACAGUACAGGCAGCUUUGGAUUUUACAUCCAUAGUAUAUACUGAAUAUCUGUUAACAUUACAGAAAAUAUUGUUUUGAAAAGUUGCUGCUACUUUGGUUAUUAUAUGUGUACAAUGUAUCUAUGAAGUUUUGCAAUAUUUAGAUUAUUUCCUUAGAUAUCACCAUUUUAAUUGUUUUAAAGGUGUUGGGUGUCAAAAAAUUUUGUAUUUUACUCGUCAUGACUGUAUAUCUGUAACUAUGCAAAUGUUAUUAUCCUGGGAAAAAUAAAUGUAUAUUUUGGAAGGGA